AAGAAGCUUGCGAAGAAUGACAGACAUUGAAGACGGAGGAGGGAGUUGAGAAUGAGAAGAAGUUAGGGUUUAGGGUUGAGGUCCGCCGGAUUCGUGCUGACACCGAGAUACAUCGACACUUUACGAAUAUUUCUGUCGGUGCAGGAUUUUUCUCAAGUGGGUUUGUAGUAGAUGAUGUAGAUUGGCGGCAUCUGCUCCCAUGGAGUUCCUGCACGCCCUGCGGCGUCUGCCCAGCCCACCUCUGUCGUCUUCCACUUGAAACGGAAGUUUUAAUCAGACAUACACGACAGUUCGCGUUUUCUUUUGAAGAGCACGAUGCGCCCUUGUAUUCUAGUUCUGGACGCGCAUUAUCUCCCCUCUGCCCUCACUCGUUCAUUCAUGGCUGUUGCCAUUUCUUGGCGCUCUCGCACCUCACCCCGCGUGCCUGUGCCUUCGUUGCAGCAUGCCGUUGCUCCAACCAGUGUGUCCCCGUCCAGGCUCGACUUCCGGCUCUUCGCAUGUGGGAAGCUCUCGGGGGGGAUUUGCAGAGGGACGGCUCAAGCGCAGUCUGUUCCUGCCCCUGUCUCUUUCCGGCUUAUGAGUGCUGUUCCAUGCCGUGCUGCGAGAUUUCCUACUCCUCGCCACUGUUUGAGUGCCUCUUAUGCUUGUAGAGCUGCAGACCGGGAUGGAGUUGCUGUGGAACAGAGUACUGAAGUCGAGGGGCAUUCUUCUACGUCGCCGAGUAAUGGAGACUUACUGAGGUCCCCGGCGCUGGAAAGGAAUGAUUUUGCUCGUGAGAAUGUAGGGGGUAUACACGUGAUCAUUGGUCCCAUGUUCGCUGGGAAAACCACAGCCCUUUUGCAGCGUAUUCGAGAAGAAGCUGAUGCUGGCAGGAGGGUGAGUUUAGUGAAAUCUGAUAAAGACAACAGAUAUGCCGUUUCAGCAGUUGUCUCUCACGAUGGGGUUCAAAUGCCGUGCGUGGCCGUUCCGACUCUCGCAAGUUUUAGGGAACAUGUUGGAGAAGAGGCAUAUAAACAGAUGGAGGUUAUUGGAAUCGACGAGUCACAGUUUUUCGACGACCUCCUGGAGUUUUGUCAAGGUGCUGCUGACCUCGACAACAAAACAGUAAUUGUCGCUGGCCUUGAUGGUGACUUUCUGAGACGCAGGUUUGGAUCUGCGCUGGAUCUUAUACCAUUGGCAGACUCGGUGACAAAGCUUCAUGCACGGUGUGAGCUUUGCAAUCAACCAGCUCCGUUUACCUUCCGCAAGACUGUCGACACCGAGACUGAGGUUAUAGGUGGGGCAGAUGUCUAUAUGCCAGUAUGUCGACAUCAUUUCGUUAGUGGGCAAAUUGCUGUCGAAACUGCUCGCAGUGUGCUGCAGGUCCAUCAAGAAUCUAGGCGAUCGGCAUUGAGUGUAGCCAAGGAGGUUACUGCGUAGCAGACCACCAACUCCGGUAUAUUAUAAUGCAUCCAGGUUUUCCUUCUUCUGAAGGGGGUUCGGUGCAGAAUUAGGAUGGAGCAUGUGACAACUCGAAGCUAGCAAUUUUAUCGUAUUCUGCUCGGUUCUGGAGGGAUCGGAAGGAAGCUGAAUGGGCGGGCUUACAGAAAGGUUGUUGAAGUUACCUUGGGCAGAGACUUGAGUUAGUGUUCUGCUGUUGAGAGCAGUUCGCAUUUAUCUUCUCAACGGAGAGAAUAGGGUGAUUGGAACACACUACCAAUUGUAGCUAUUCGGCAGUGUCUAAGAGUUCCUCCAGAAGUUCAGCUACGAAGACCUCAAAGGAUGUGAGUAUGGACAUCUUGCGGAGUUGGACUUGCAUCCUCAGAAUUUAUGGCCACCACAAGAAGGGUUUGAAACGAAGAUAGGUUCGUAAUGAGAGGGGCUCUUAAAGUCGAGUUCACUUGCAGAUCACGAGUACAUUUGUAUCUUUUAUUUUAACAACCAUUGAAUAGAGGUUGUAUACCAAGACUGAGUUGAUGGUAAUCGAGGAGAAGGGAUACUAGAACAAGGUGUUUUUGGUUACAACGAAAAACUAGUGUUAAUGUUCAUCGUAUUUCUAUUGAUAAUCUGGAGUAAUCCUGGGUACACUAGUCUGGAAA